GUACUACAGGCAAGAAGAUGCCAACUUUCUCGGACUACACGACCACAUAUGGCGGAGGCGGAGGCGGAGGCGGAGGUGCUGGAGGCGUCAACAAUGGCAGUAAUGGCUAUGCGUAUGGCUCGGCAGAAGAUCCGCCCACCCCAGGCGAGAGAGGGUUCCGGCGGAAAUGGCUGGCUGCGAAGGCGGGGAGCAUGUACCGAGCCGCUGCGGUAGGAGUCAACGAGAUCAGGGAGGGCUAUGCGCAAACGCGGGUACGGCCUUUGGAGCCGGGGGAAGGUAUGCCAAGGACAACAAUCCCGGGAUCGUUCCCCGACGUCGCCAUCACUGUCCAGGGAGACGAUCAGAUGGUCAUCUUUCCAUCCUACGCAAAGCGGCAUGUUAAGCAGGAUUGGACGGCGGAAUACCAACAGCAUUCCGAGGAAGAGCCGGGCAGCGCCAGGGACCAAGAGUUUUGGAGGAAAGAGUGGGAGCGUAAUGAAGACGAGAAAGCCAUCGUGGACAUCGACGUCAGGGGAUGGGUAUACUCCCCGCAUAAAGGACCAAUCACUCGGCGCAACCGUAUUCUCAUCGGCCUUGCGCGCCAGCUAAGCGGCAUCCCAGCUCCCAGACAGGAUGCUCCCGCACCGGAUAACCUCUCUGCGUUACACCAAUCACACGAGGAACGACGAGAGCAAGAAAAGAUUGCGAAAGAAGCAGCAGAAAUCGAGAAGAGAGGCCAAGAAGAGCGACGCGUAGCAUAUCAGGGUGGUUUUAGCGAAGCGCCAAAGGACGGAUCCGACGAUGAUGCGAAUAGUAUAUACCGGGCGAGAUCGAGGUCACGAAGUGGCACACAAACGCCAAUGACAGCUCCUGGUUCUCCCAAACUGCCACCGACGAGGACAAACACUACGGGGAAUGAUUUAACAGAUGCCGAGCUGUCUGUUGCGAAUGCCAACCUCAUGGCAAGAAUAGCGCCGUUCAUGACUACGCCUCUGGUCCAGCUGCCCAUCACUGUCUUCUUCUACAAUGACGAGAAGUCAGCGUCCCGGACUGUGCAGACCAACGACGCGGGCCACUUUAUCCUGCGCGCCGCUUUGGAAUUUGUCCCUACGCACGUCCGAGUUCUCGCUAAUGAGGACUUGUCGGCAACUCAGGAAGUCAAGAUCAUCGAACCGAAGGGCGUCAGUUUGAUCAGUGACAUUGACGACACGAUUAAGCGAUCCAACAUAUCGGGUGGCGCAAAGGAGAUCUUCCGCAACACCUUUGUCCGUGAGCUCAAAGACUUAACGGUUGAAGGUGUUCGGGAAUGGUACACCGAGCUGCACACCAUGGGGGUCAGCAUGCACUACUGCUCGAACAGUCCCUGGCAACUAUUCCCGGUGCUUGCCAGUUAUUUCAUGAUAGCUGGCUUGCCCCCUGGAUCGCUUCAUCUGAAGCAAUACAGUGGCAUGCUCCAGGGUAUAUUUGAGCCCGUGGCAGAGAGGAAGAAGAGCACUCUCACCAGGCUCAUGCACGACUUCCCCGAACGCAGGUUUCUCCUAGUCGGUGACAGCGGCGAGGCAGAUUUGGAGGUUUACACAGAGCUGGUGGAAGCCCACCCAGGACGGAUCAUCGCCAUCUUUAUCCGCGACGUCACAACGCCGGAGCAAGCCGGGUACUUUGAUACAUCUUUUGAGACCAGUAGCGCACGUCAGCGAGGCUCAAUGUCCAAGGCUACCGACCACAGCGAUGCUCCACCGAAUCGUCCGGGGCUUCCUCCACGCGGCGAGGCGAAGACGGUCGGGCCUGUCAUGGGCGAUCUCAUCGACUUUUCCGAUGAACCUGAAGAGACCACGUUGAACGACGCCGCUGCACUGGCUCAGAUCCAGGCCAGACCCAAGCCACAUUCAAGCGCCACCGAUCUUGCUAUUAGCCGCAAGCCCCCUCCACCACGACCCAACAAGCCAGCUGCGCUUCGCGGCGCUCCGUCUGAUACGAAUGUGCCAACGAUCAAGGUCAACAGCAUGGGUGCUACGCCUCCUCCGAUGCCGAGUACUCGCAAGCCGUCCGCGGACCGGGGCAAUCCUCAUCCUCUGUCGCAAAUGCACAAUUCGUCUCAGCAGACAAUUGGAAGCAACAGGAGCCUGCCGAGUACGGCCAAGAUACCAGCGUCCACGUCGCAAAACGACACAAGUAAGAUGAGCAAAGUUGCACCAGCGCCUCCACCGCCUCGCCGUCGGGGCACCCCUUCCACUUCCCGCAGUUUAAGUCCCCGGAGCGUCGAUAACCGGCGGAGACUCUCGGGCAACGAAGACAUCGAUUUUGAAGCCCUCCCACCGCCGUCCGCGGCUUCCCGGCCACAGCAGGUUCAGCCGCCGACAUUUGUAAGGGCGCAGACGGCCAGUCUCAGGUCCGGAUCCACAUCUCCAACAUACGGCAGUCCGAAUCUGGGACCGACAGCGGCGGCUCCAAAUAGGAAGCACGAGCUGUGGAUGCGUCGACUGCAGCGAGCCCAGGAGAUUUUGGAGUCGCACGGGGUAGCGCUGUACACCUGGCGAAGGGGCGACGACGUAGUAGCCGAGGCUGUGGGGAUGGUCAAGGAGGAGCUGAAAAGGGUUGGGCUCAACGGGGAGAAGGAUGCGAAGACGGAGGGAAAGAGGUUUGAGAGGCAGAUUAGGAGGGAGCAGUCGCAGCAACAGCAGCAUCAACAACAACGGCCACAGCAGCAAGGGGCGUUUCAGCCAGGGUCAUAUCAGCAAAGGCGAUGAUCGUCUAGAGUUUCUUUGGACGGCAUUGGAAUAACCGCGAGAGGCGUGCUUGGGGGAAAGCGACAAGCCGAAAGGGAGGGGAACGGGGAAACGGAAUAAUAAAGGCGCUGGGUGGGUGGUUGAUUCAAGUAAAUAGUUUUUACAAUUAAAUCUGAAAAUAUUUC